AUGACGAUUUCUGAUGUCGUUCAGAGCGGAUUAUUCGAAGGGGACAGCGAGGACCAGCAACAACUGAUCCGGAUCCCCAUUCGCGCCGACGAGAGUAACGGAUCCAAGAGGAGGCGACGCUCUCGUCAUCAAGACCUACCCAGCGAGAGGAGUCUUCUCCUUUGGUCUACCGACGAGCACGACCGAUUCCUCGAGGCGCUAGAGCUUUAUCCGUCUGGGCCGUGGAAGAUUAUAGCUGACCAUGUUGGCACACGAACCACCCGGCAAACCAUGACGCACGCCCAGAAGUACCGUCAGAAGAUCGAGCGUCGCAAGCUCAAAGAGAACAGAGACAGCAUCGAGAGCGCCGAAUCGUCGUCCCAGGAUUCUAGCUCUCACACUCGAGAAGCGUCGAUGCCGGAGCCCAUGACCACUCCAGUGUUCGAUGCCACGGAGCAUACCGUGCUGCUCGAGUUCCUCGACAACUUCCAUCCGAGCGAGAUCGACCACGACGAGCCGUUGCCCUACACGCAAGACGGCGGUUUUUUGCUGGAAGUCGACGACUUCGAAUCAAAAUAUGUAUUUACGAAGUUGGUGUACGACGACCCAACUUUUAUUUUCCCGGACAACAGCUACCUACAGUUUGUGGCCUCGUACUAUAUCCGCGACGUUCAAUCAAGUUUGUUCGGUCGUCGCUGUACAUGUGACCAGGCUCAGGAUCGGCCGCGCGCAAUACUGUACAGUACGUGGGACGCAGAGGCGUCUCCGCCGUUCGAAUCGCUAUGUGCACUUUUGAUUCAAGUGGUGUUGGAGCUCAUGAAAAUUUCCACUCUGAAGACGAUCGGUCGCACCAACAACGGCGCGAACGUAUCCUUACAGUUGAAGCGCCCCAACACCAACGUUGCACACACCUCCAAAAAGUGCCAUCACACUUUCAAAAACCCAAACACCAUGACAAUCUCCUCCGUCGUACAGAACGGUUUUUUUCAGGAUGGAAACCAACUCAUCCGGAUUCCUCCACGAUCAGCUGAAAAGGUGACAGCAGCUCGACGUCGUGCUCGUCUCACCCGUGAAAAGUCCAAGAAGCGUAUGAACGAGCGCAGUCGAUUGCUCUGGACCACUGAGGAGCACGAACGCUUCCUCGAAGCUCUGGAGAUGUACCCUUCAGGACCGUGGAAGAUCAUUGCAAACUAUGUCGGCACUCGUUCGACCAGACAAGCAAUGACUCACGCACAGAAAUACCGUCAGAAGAUCGAGCGGCGUAAGCAGAAGCAACUCAAGCUGAGUAGCGACGCCAGUAUGACCAUCGAUCAACUUGAUGCCCUGUUCCCAUGCUCGCCGACCACCGUUGAUAACAUCAACUUUACUAUUCCGACGGAGACUUCAAAGCCAGUUGAACGAGCAGUUGGCAGUGACGCAACAGCAGAAAUCGAUGACGUUGAGCACGCGUUGACUAUGGAGUUUCUGGACGAAUUCCAGCCUCUCACGAUCGAUUGCGAAGAGCCUCUCACUGGUCUGGAAGGGUUUUCAAAUGACGAUCCGUUCUGGCUCGACAUUGGGGCUAUUAGCGCAUCGAUCGCUACUUCAGCGGUACCAGUCUGCACUCGCUCAAAUUAA